GGUGGGAGGUGGCUGGGGUCGUGGGUCACUUCUCUGCCACUUCGUCAGUCUCCUGUGUACCAACUCCAUCAAGCUGAAGCUUUUCCUCUUUGUGCGGUCAUCUUUGCAGCUCAAGUUUUACCCUCAAGUUUUACCCUCAACUCAAGUUUCACCUUGUAAGACCCGUCUUUCGUUGGCCCUGUUUGCCUGCAUCCGUUAGGUUGGCUCCGUCAGGUGCCUCUCUGCUCGCUGAGCCAGCUCGUCUCUAGCGGCUCCGUCUUCCUUCUGUCCUUCUUUUUCUUUCUUCGUCGACCACAGAUUCUGUUUUGUUUCAUUCAGCUGCAAAAUUUAGCCCCCCGUAAAGGUCCAAAUUUUAUCUUCCCUGCCCCAUAUGUUAAAAAAUCCCCUUUUUCCCCCCGUCUUGGCUUCUCCUCUUUUUUAUUUUUUCCCCGCUCCAUCGCUCUGUCCGGCUGCGUCCCCCCAGCCUUUACUGUUCCGCUUUGCCCCCUUACACGCCUUCUCCUUGUGCUGUCUCCCCUGGCUGCUGACGGAUUAGGUUGCUGCAAUGAUGGCCGAUGUAGCUGCUUCUCCUUACCUCUCCCCACGACUGGUCAAUUGUUCUUCCGUUGGUGUUUCCCUACUGCUGCUCCUUCUCCCUGCUUCCCAUUUCGCUCCGCCAGGUUUGAAGCAAGUGUCCUUUGGAUGGGCGAUAAUACAGACGAAGGAGAGACAUCUAAGGAGCAACAUUAUCUGUGAUAGCAAACAUAUGAUUGUUGAACUUUCUGAUGGAUCAUUGUAUAAUAUAUCAUGGAAGGGAGAGUUCUGUGGGGUUGUUAAUCUUGACAUUUCACUCUCUGAUGGAAGUGGAGCUGGUAAAUUGUCUCAUUCUUUGGACAAUGGUCUUCCUUCUAAUGGAGCACAAGGUGUUUCUCUGCCCAUGAAUUAUAUGAGGAAGAAGUCUGCUAUUGUGCACAUGGAGUUUUCCUUCUCACUGAGGUUACUGUUUUUGCUCUUUUGUGAUGGACAACUUGUGUCAUGUUCUGCAAGUAAGAAAGGAUUAAAGCAAGCUAAUUUAAUUAAAGUUGAAAAGAAGCUGGCAUCUGGUUAUGCUGUAUGUGCCUCAGUUGCUUCAGAGCAACAAAUUCUUGCUGUGGGUACAAAAAGGGGAGAUGCUGAAUUGUAUGACCUCACAGAUUCUGCUUCCCUUGUUCGUGCUGUUUCUUUAUAUGACUGGGGGUAAGUGCUCUGUUUUAAAUUGCACGGAAGGACACUUAUUUGCUGCAUUCAACCUUCUCCACACAUCAAUCAGAUUAUCAACCAAUCACUAGCUACAUUGCCUUGCCCACACAUCAAUAAUGUAUUUACUUGGGACAAAUAUACUCCUGUAUAUUUACAACGCCUGUAUAAUUACGACUUCUUUCCAGUGCAACUGCUUUUUCACUUUUAUUCCUGUAUAAUAUAGCUCCGUUAUUUACCC